UACGCGGCGGAACCCAAGGCUGGAGGGCGGGGGACAGAGCCGAGCCUGCGCACCGAGCCCGAUGCCUGUCUGACGUCACGCAGUGUCCAUCGGCAAGCUCAGCCUGACUGGCCCCCGCCCAGCCGAGGGGGGCGGGGCGUGCGCACGUACGUACGUGCAGGAGGCGGGGCACGUUGUCCGCGCGGCGCCACGGCCACCGGCGGGUUGCGGCCGGGAGUGACUGAGGUGAUCCGCUCGAGACGCAGUCGCCGCCAUGUUGUCCGUGGCCGCCCGCGCCGGCCCCUUGGCUCCGUACCUGUCGGCCGCGGCGCACGCCGUGCCGGGCCCGCUGAAGCCGCUGGUGCCGGGGCUGGUGCCGCAGGCCGAGAAGCUGCUGCUGGACCCGAAGGGGCCUGUGCUGUGCCGGGAAUCGCUGAGCGGCCGAGCGCCCCGCGGAGGCCUCGUCGCCACCGCCAGCCUCAACGCUCCAGCUAGUAUUCGGUACAUCCACAAUGAUGUCACAGUACCUGACUUCUCUGACUACCGUCGCCCAGAAGUGUUAGAUAAAACAAAAUCUUCUCAAGAGAGCAGCGAUGCUAGGAAAGGGUUUUCCUAUUUUCUAACCGCAACAACAUGUGUAGCCACUGCCUAUGCUGCUAAGAAUGUUGUCACCCAGUUUGUUUCCAGCAUGAGUGCUUCUGCUGAUGUGUUGGCACUGUCAAAAAUUGAGAUCAAGUUGUCUGAAAUUCCAGAAGGCAAGAAUAUGGCUUUCAAGUGGAGAGGGAAACCCCUUUUUGUGCGUCACAGAACCCAGAAGGAGAUUAAUCAGGAAGCUGAAGUACCAUUGACUGAACUAAGAGAUCCACAGCAUGAUUUAGACAGAGUAAAAAAACCAGAAUGGGUUAUACUGGUAGGUGUUUGUACUCAUCUUGGUUGUGUACCCAUUGCAAAUGCUGGAGAUUUUGGUGGUUAUUAUUGUCCUUGCCAUGGGUCGCACUAUGAUGCGUCUGGCAGAAUUAGAAAAGGUCCUGCUCCAGCCAACCUUGAGGUUCCAUAUUAUGAAUUUGUUUCUGAUGACUUACUUAUUGUUGGUUAAAUAGCUGGACAUUUGUCUGCUUCAUCUUUUGCUGCAUGAACAUUGUGAAAAGGGGUUAAUAUUCGGGUGUGGUAUAAAACUAAAUGAUCCUAAAAAUGUACCUAAUUGUCUAAAGUCAUUCUUACCAAGAAGUACGCUUAAAUGCUUCUCAAUAAAGAAUCAAACUGAGUGAUGUCAUUUACUUGCUGUUAUAAAAUGCUGUUAGUGUAUAAUUACUGAAGAAAUCUUGAUGGCAGUACCUAAUAAAAAAGUUAUGGAUGCCCUGUAAUAGGUAUGGGGUGAUGUAGCGUUGGAAUAGAAAGCUUAAGCUAGAAUUUUCCAUAUUUAAUCCUAGCCACUCUCCAGAAAACCCUUGCAUAUAGAAGAGGAAAAAUCUGACCUAGGAACAACUCAGUUGUUUUAGGGAACAGAUAAAAACUAAUCUUUAAGAGGCAAACUUAACAAAAAAAUCCCUACUCAUAGUUACAGACAUGUUAUUUUAGUUUGAAAUAUCUUGCUUUCUACAGCAGUCUACAUCGGUUAUGACUUUGAUGGUAGAUGGAGAUUAAAAACUGAUUAAACUGCUGAUUUAAAAGUAAAAACAAGUAAUUCAAGUGUAGUGAGACUUCUGUAUGUGGUUGUGUGCCAGAAAAGUCAAGUUCUAAUCUCAUUAACUUCUUAAAUAGAAGCAGUUAACUGGCAAACAAAAUAGUUUACUGAUGGGAACUCAACUUUCUAAAUCCACCCCCCUCCCCAGCCCACCCUCACCCCCAAAAUCAAAUAGGCAAAAUCUGACCAGGAAGCAUGAUAAUAUUCAUCUAUUCAUGCUUUAGCACUGCUAAUAUUUUUAUUUAUGCUUUCACACACUUUCAGUCCAGAAAGUUAGAUGAAUCAUUAUAAUGUGAGAGAGAGCCAUAAUCCUUUCCUUUUUAAAGCAUGUGUAUUUUGAAAGGGUUAGUCUGUUGCUUAAAUCUGAAAGUGUCCUCAUUUUAACAUUGCCACAAAAGGAGAUGGUUUCCAAUGGUGGGUUUUAUAUAAUAUAUGCACAACUAGGAAAACUGGAAAUCUAUGCUCGUGGCUUUAAGAACAGACUGCCAUAUCUGAGUAGCAUAAUUCUUCCAUGUAUGACUUGUGUAACCUCAUAACAAUUGUUAAAUUCUGCAACUCUUUUCAACCUCUAUGAAACCAUAAAGUAUUAACAUAAAACAUUUACUUCACUUUGCAAUAUUUGUUUGGCAUUAAGCUGAAUACCUCUAAGCUGGCGUUUUUAAAAACUGCUUCCUCUACCUAUAUUGCAUGGAUCCCAUUCUAUUAAUUUUACAGUUUUUUUAAUAACGAACAUUCCUAAAUUGCAUCCAGUCUUAUCAAGUCAUUAUUUCUUGUCAGUCUCUGCUGGCUUUGGGGAGAGAAAGCAAGACUAGUUGAGUAUUACAGCAGUAUGGGCUCAUAUUCAUAGAAUUAACGGUUUAUCAUUUUUGUGAUAACACCUUGUUUUAUAAUAGAUAUUCACAGAAUCUAGGUAGGUUCACUUGAUGCCAAAAGCCUGCACUGGCAGCAAGCCAGGAACCCGAGUGCCUAAUUUACAUAUAUACAAGCAUAUUUGCUUGGAUUUUUCUUGACAGUUGAAAACAAAUUACUUAUUUAAGUUCACUAGCAAUAACACGUCGUUAUCGUCAACUUACAUUUACAUUGAGGGAAAAGGAGGAGGUAAAGAAAAUAACUUUCUACUUUAUGAACACUUGCUAAUCCAUAACUCCCCUGUGAGCUAGGUAAAUCACCAUAUUCAUAAGAAUUGUGAUAUUCAGAACAGCAGUUGAUGCAGUCUAGUCUUUCAUGUCAGAUACUAGCCAGAACCAGAUGCUUCAGUCAAUGUUGUAAGAAUUAACGCUGGGCAAGGGAUGAUAAUUCUGUUUCAUG